CUCUCAGAACAAGUAUUUUAGUCGUACAGCAAAGGGGUAUUAGAACAUGAUACUGUACUGUUCUUUCUCGCAGAAGAUUGGCAAUUGAAAGAAACAUUUUUUUUUUUCACAUCCGUAAUCAAAAAAGAAAGGAGCAAAAGUCAAGAAUGGACCACAAUUUUCUAUCUAUAUAUUUUAAUAUUAGUUAUUACAAUGACCAGUAACGGUGUGACACAGCUGUUUUAUGUUGUGUCCGAUCUCGAUCUCUUUUUUUUUUUUUAUGCGGGCGUUGCCUCGAGUAAACUACACAUGUAUAUGCUUACAGAUAGAUCACUAGAGAGUGAAAGCGAGAGAGAGGCAAAGAGUAGCAAAGUAAAGUGAGGAUUGAAAUGGAGGAAGCGAAGUUAGAUUAUGUGCUGGUACCAAUGGGUAUUUUGCUGAUGGCGAUGUACCACUGUUGGCUGCUCUUCGCUCUAUUCAAAUAUCCAAGGACUACUGUUAUUGGCCUCAAUGCUGAGUCCCGCCAUCAAUGGGUUCACGCCAUGAUGACUGACCCUCUAAAGAAUGGGGUUUUAGCAGUUCAAACAAUACGAAACAAUAUAAUGGCAUCUACCCUUUUAGCAACAACAGCAAUCACUCUAAGUUCAUUGAUCAGUGUCUUUGUGAGCAGCACAUCUAAUUCUGGCAAUACAGCAUCUCAGCUAGUUUAUGGAAAUAAAAGCUCCAUUGUUUCUUCAGUUAAGUAUUUCACGAUUUUGUUAUGCUUCCUUGUUGCCUUUCUUUGUAAUGUGCAGUCGAUCCGAUACUAUGCUCAUGUUAGCUUCUUGGCUACUUUGCCUACAUCAAUGGACAAAAAGGAGUGCAUUGAGUAUGUUGCCCGAAACUUGAAUCGAGGAAGUAUUUUUUGGUCCCUUGGAUUGCGAGCUUUCUAUGUGUCAUUCCCUCUGUUUUUAUGGAUCUUUGGGCCAAUUCCCAUGUUUGUGUGCUGUUUCAUGAUGUGUUUUGUUCUUUAUUUCUUGGACACAACUAGUAGUUUUACAAGGCAUCUUCAUACUCAGUCAUUCAAAGAGGGAACAAAAACCGAUGAUGUGGAGUCGGGUGUUUAAUCGCCCUGAGUGCUAUUUAGAAUAGAAGGUACUAGUCGUUGCAAGUGCUCUAAACAUAGGGACCUAAAACUCAGAUUAGCAACUUGUAUGUAACUUCAAUAUUACUGAACUUUUCCAUGUACAUAAAGCCUUCAACAGCCUGUUUAAAGUUGUCUGCACCCAUGUGCUUCUGCAAA